AAAUGGCAACUAGAGACGGAGUCUUAACUCGCUGAGAGAGAUGUUUGAACUUUGAACAGAGAAGAAGCAGAGACUUUCACACAGAGAGAAUGGUCAAACAUGACGGGUAGCGUCCGUCAAUGGUUGAUAAAACCCUCUAGAAAUAUUUCCUUUCUCUUUCUACACCCUCAUCCUCUCUCUCUGUCUCUCAAAUAAUUCCUCUCUCUCUUGGUGCUUCGUUGAAGGGUUUCGGGGAGGAGCUUUUGGGGUUGCCAUAUUCGUGGAGGGUUUUGGUCCAGGAGUUCUACCCUGACAUUAAUUUCCUGGGGUUUUUCUAAAUCUGGUGGACAGAGAAAUGGCACAACGUUCACAUGUACCAAAGUUUGGCAAUUGGGAAAGCCAAGAAAGUGUUCCUUACACUGCCUAUUUUGAUAAGGCCCGUAAGGGUCGAACUGGUGUUGGGGGAAAGAUGAUUAAUCCAAAUGACCCCGAAGAGAAUCCAGACAUCCUCUCUGACACAUCUGCAUCAUCUCCUCCAAAAGUUAGACCGGAACAGGAAAAACCAAUACAUGAACGGAGAAGAAGCAGGGAGGAUAAUGACCUAAGAUUUGCCAACUCCCCAGCCCAGCGCAGAACUUCUGGUGAAUCAGCACAUCAACCUAACAGAGGCCGUGGGGUUAGUUCUGGUGAAACCCAUCGAAGACCUGCACGACCAAGUGGUGGGUCUGAGAACAGCGUUGAACGUUCACCUCUCCAUCGCAAUGCAAGGGUCUCAGGAAGAGAUUCACCCUCCUGGGAAGGAAAGGCGCCAAAUGAAAGUAGCCAUGGCACUCCUGCAAGAUCCCGCCUCAAACCUCGCGAUGAAAGCCCUGAGAAAGGUGCUGCUGUUCCCAAAUUUGGCGAGUGGGAUGAGAACGACCCGGCAUCAGCUGAUGGUUUCACUCAUAUAUUCAACAAAGUGCGGGAGGAGAGGGCGGGAAAAGUACCAGGGACUCCUUCUCAGCCGUCUUACCAAGAUGCAAGGAAGCAGGGUUCCAAUGACAGGGCCAAGAGUUGCUGCUUUCCAUGGGGCAGAAAAUGAGAUUGAAUCGUAUCUCCGAAUUUGUGGGGUGAAUUAUAAGGUGUUUGGACCUGUAAAUAUCUUAAGGGCUCUGAGUACCUUCUAGAAAGUGCAUCCAUUUUUAGCUAUCAGAGCUUGUGUGUUAUUUUUGUAUUAAUAAAGAUUUAAUCUUUUUGGGGUUUUGGUCAUCUGUUUUAGGUGUGUUAUUGUGCGAUUGAAUUACCAAUUGAACUUUAGUAUAUAUGCCUGGAAAAGACCAGAUUCUUUGAUUCUAUUUCAAUAUAUACCAUCCAGCAAUAUUUGUCUUGC